AUAAAACCUAUCCAUUCUUAUAUCCUCAUUGCUUUCAGUCUUAACAUCUACCAAGCUGCUGGUCAUCUGGAGAUUUUCCAGAUGUCGGGGGCAUCUUCAGAUGUUGUGGCAUCUGCCUUCUUGACGAGAUGCCAUGUCUUGGCGAGAUGCCAAGUCACAUGA